AUGAUUUACGAAAACGAUAAGAAAGAAGCGCCGGGAUCACAUACUCCCCUCGCCCAAAAUAAUGUUGGCAUCUAUCUGGAACAACUGCGAAGUGAAAUCAUCAGAAUUCUAGAAAAUGAGACCUCUUCUCGUGUCACCAUCAAGCAAUUGGAGAACGACUUGAAUAUUCAUAAGCGAGCCUUGUCCAGUUAUGAGACGGAACGUGUCCACAGCGAACAAAAGUUACAGGAUUCCUUAAAGAGGACGGAAGAAUUGGAGAAAAAAGCGGACGAUCUGGAAAAGCAGCUAAAGGGUCACCGAGUCGUCGCUCUCCUAGACGGCGAUGGUGCCAUCUUCAAUAGCCAACUCAUUUCUCAAGGACAGUCUGGAGGUCAUAUUGCUGCGCAGAAGUUAUCUGACGCUAUAAUGCAACACCUCGCAUCAACCAACGGCGUCAAUCGAUAUCAACUUUGGGUCUAUAUAUUUUUCAACAGACGGGGUCUGAUUGAUACUUUCGGUCGGGCAGGGCUUGCAGCAGCGAAGAACAAGUUCGAUGACUUUAUCAUGGGAUUCAAUCAAGCGGCGGAACGUUUCAUCAUGCUCGAUGUCGGAAGCGCGAAGGAAGCCGCUGAUGCCAAAAUCAAAGCAUUAUUAGAAGACGAGAUCAGAUUUCCACAAACUGAAAAGAUAAUAUUUGGAGGAUGCCAUGAUAACGGAUACGUUACGACCAUUCGAUCCCACAUAACCUCUGGUUUCAAGAAUAAAUUGAUUCUUUUACGAAGUUAUACAGACAUGGCAGCAGGGAUUAACGAGCUUGAGCUCCCUUCCUUUAGUAUUCCAGACCUUUUCAUCUCGCAGAAGCUGGGGAUGCCGGCACCACCCUCCCACAUUAACUCGAUCCCGGUGCCUACCCUUGCCACGGUACCCACCCCGGUAGUUCUCCCCCCUGUAGAGCGGCCGAAAGGUCACAGGCCUUCCCUAUCUAACAUCAGGCAAUGCUUCGAUGCACUUCCUUUCGCCUCGAUAGAGCCCGAAGACUCCUCCCGCAAACAAUCUUCACAGCCACCUAGUUACUCAUCUGCUCUUCAAACAGUCCCUAAACGCGCAGCCACUCCUGAAUUGGAUCCCAGUGGCAACUCAAGUUCUAGUGAUGAGAGUGAGCAUGGCUCGCCCAACAUUCCGCAAAUAUCUCUCACGAAUUCUCGAUCGCGACGAAUAAAUCCUAAUAUCCUCCUCUCCAAGCGUGCGUGA